UUUAAUAUUUAUUUAGUAAGGCUAUAUCCUGAAUGGUAAUGCUGUGGCUGGCAGUUUAAAAUUUUGAAACUUUUUAAAAAUACAAUUGAUCGCUAGGAAGAAGUUAACAAUGGACGGUGGAAUGAGCUAUGAGCAGUUUAUUUUGUGUGUGAAUAAAUUUCUUGAAGUUUCGAAUAUGUUAAACGACGGGUGGUCCUUAGUUGGCAGCUUGGAAAAAAUUGGGCAUGGUUACAUAAAAAAGUGUUUCGCAGUGCGUGAUGCGAAGCACUCCUAUUCACCUGAAACACCUGUAUUUGAAGAGGUUGACGACCUGUAUAGUGGAUUUUGUGAUGAUAAUGCAGUGUCCGAGUUCUCACCAGAAAUGAAGUUGACAUGGGAGUAUCACGUCGUAUACAAUACUAGCUACGCAGUUCCAGAACUGUUCUUCAAUGUCUGGAAAAGGAAUGGGGUACUUCUCUCGCUGGAUGAAAUCUGGUCAAUGGUCCCAGCUGCAUUCAGCGACAGGCUCCAUCACGACAAAUGGGACUUCAUAACUCAGCAGGAGCAUCCGAUUUGCAGGCGGCCAUUUUUCCACCUUCAUCCUUGCCACACUUCGGACAUCCUGCGUAACUUGCGCGUCAGUAGAAACCUUCUUGUUUCGUGGCUGAGCACAGUGGGUGGUGCUGUGGGCUUGAACAUUGAUCAGCAUUAUGCAUCUAUCGUGUGAUUCUCGUGGACCUGUGAGGAAUAAUAAACUUUACCAUGCAGCUGA